ACCACCUUCUUGCGUGCCCUCGGGCACCUCCAUGCGCGACCCUCAUUAGCCGCUUCGUGCGCUCGUGCAUCACAUCCAUGCACUCCUCGAUCCAAGCCCGUCCGCAUACGCACUCGUACCCGUCUUUUAAGCCAUGCUUGCAUCAUUUUGGCCCUAUUUUCAGCCUCCUCGAGUCCUCUUGGCUCUUGGCCUUCUUGUCGCAGGGGUCCGGAACCCACUUCCGUAUCAUUCCCGCCCCCUUUGAGAAUGUCCUUGCCCUCAAGGACUCAUCCUCGACCAUCCAAACAUCGGGAACUCUUUCUUCAAUCUCUCGACCAUUGUGCUCAUCGUACUCACGGUCUUCGACGACUUUGACCAUGCCCUUACUCUCGACAUCGUCCUUCACGUCCUCCACAUUCCUCUCCUCGCCAAGGCCCUCUUCGAUCACGAUUACCUUGACCCCGGCUUCUUCGACCACUUCGACCUCGGCCAAAGUUCUCACGUGGACUUCGAUCAUCUCUUCAACCUCGGUUAGCUUGACUUCUUCGAC